AUGGCCAUCAUACUCUUAACAGUAACGUUUAAUAUGGUUUCAACAAAUAUUCUGCGGGGUUUUAACGAUGAUUAUUGUGAUCCGCAUACAGUUACUUCUGAGCAUUAUCCAUCAUUAUUAGUGAGCCUUACUAUUCAAAAGACAAGUCCGUUGAAAUUAAAAGCAACAUAUCGUCUUCCAAAUAGUACCAAACAAUUUUCGUUCGAAGGUAUGGUUUUAAGUGGUGGUUUCGACGUUGCAGCUGGAGUUACGGCUUGUCGAUCAUUAGGUUGUAGUAAAAGGGUGGGAACGAGUACAAUGAAUUGGUCCCCACAGCCUACCUGUGAAUUUACCUGCCCUGAUGGUACAAGUGCUAUGCAGACUUGUCGUUAUAUGAUCAAAGAAUUAAACUGUGCUGCUGAUGCAAUGUCUCUUUUAGAAUGCCUUACUAACGAACGAUUUUGGCAGUAUGGAUCAUACUCGCCUACAUCUUCGCCAUAUCCAGGAAUUGAUCUUAAAUGCACUGAUUGUGAAGAAUAG